UCCCGCUUCUCCAGCUGCAGGUAAAAGGAAAGCAAGCCAGGAUGGACAUUUACGAUACUCAAACCUUGGGGGUUGUGGUCUUUGGUGGAUUCAUGGUGGUUUCCGCCAUUGGCAUCUUCCUAGUGUCAACCUUCUCCAUGAAGGAGACAUCAUAUGAAGAAGCUCUAGCCAACCAGCGCAAGGAGAUGGCGAAAACUCACCACCAGAAAGUGGAGAAGAAAAAGAAGGAGAAAACAGUAGAAAAGAAAGGAAAGACCAAGAAAAAGGAAGAGAAACCCAAUGGGAAGAUACCUGACCAUGAGCCAGCCCCCAACAUGACCAUCCUCCUCAAAGACCCAGUGCGGGCACCUGCAGUGGCUGUGGUUCCAACCCCAGUUCAGCAUCCGAUGAUCGUUGCCCCUAUAGCCACGGUAUCAGCCAUGCCCCAAGAGAAGCUGGCCUCCUUUCCUAAAGACAAAAAGAAGAAGGAGAAAAAAGUAGCAAAGGUGGAACCAGCAGUCAGUUCUAUAGUAAAUUCCAUCCAGGUCCUUGCCUCAAAAGCUGCCAUCUUGGAAACCGCUCCCAAGGAGGUGCCUAUGGUGGUUGUGCCCCCAGUGGGUGCCAAGGCCAGUACCCCAGCCUCUGGCACUGUGCAGGGCAAAAAGGCAGAGGGGGCCCAGAACCAGGGCAAAAAGGCAGAGGGGGCCCAGAACCAGGGUAAAAAGGGAGAAGGAACCCCCAAUCAGGGCAAAAAGGCAGAUGGAACCCCCAACCAGGGCAAAAAGGCAGAUGGAACCCCCAACCAGGGCAAAAAGGCAGAGGGAACCCCCAACCAGGGCAAAAAGGCAGAGGGAACCCCCAACCAGGGCAAAAAAGCAGAGAGUGCCCAGAAUCAGAGCAGAAAGGUCGAGGGGGGGCCCAACCAGGGCAAAAAGGUGGAGGGGGUCCUCCAAAGUCAGGGCAAAAAGAUGGAAGGAAUCCCGAACCAGGGCAAAAAGGUAGAAGGGGCCCAGAAUCAGAGCAAAAAAUCAGAGGGGGCCCCAAACCACAGCAAAAAGGCAGAAGGGGUCCCCAACCAAGGCAAAAAGGCAGAAGGGAUGCCUAACCAGGGCAAAAAGGCAGAAGGGGCCCCUAACCAGGGCAAAAAGGCAGAAGGAACCCCUAACCAGGGCAAAAAGGCAGAAGGGGCCCCCAACCAGGGCAAAAAAGCAGAGGGGGCCCAGAAUCAGGGUAAAAAAGCCGAGGGGAGCCCCAACCAGGGCAAAAAAGAGGAGGGGACCCCCAACCAGGGCAAAAAGGCAGAGGGGAGCCCCAAUCAGAGCAAAAAGGUAGAAGUGGUACAGAAUCAGAGCAGAAAGGCAGAGGGAACCCCCAACCAGGGCAAAAAGGCAGAGGGGGCCCAGAACCAGGGUAAAAAGGCAGAAGGGACCCCCAACCAGGGUAAAAAGGCAGAGGGGGCCCCCAACCAGGGUAAAAAGGUGGAGGGGGCCCCCAACCAGGGCAAAAAGGCAGAGGCCGCUCAGAACCAGGGCAAAAAGGCAGAGGGGGCCCAAAACCAGGGCAAAAAGGCGGAGGGGGCCCAAAACCAGGGCAAAAAGGUGGAGGGAGCCCAGAAUCAGGGCAAAAAGGCAGAUUCAGUUGCUAAUCAAGGUACAAAGGCAGAAGGCAUUGUAAACCAGGGGAAAAAAGCAGAGGGGGCUCCCAAUCAAGGUAAAAAGGCAGAAGGAACCCCAAGUCAGGGCAAAAGGUCAGAAGGGUCCCCCAACCAGGGCAAAAAGGUGGAUGCGUCUGCCAAUCAGGGUAAAAAGGCAGAGUCAGCUCCUAUCCAGGGCAAAAAUGCAGAUAUGGUCCAGAGCCAGGAAGCACCAAAGCAAGAGGCUCCUUCAAAGAAGAAGUCUGGUUCAAAGAAGAAAGGUGAGCCUGGGCCCACGGACUCGGACAGCCCUCUCUACCUCCCUUACAAGACGCUGGUCUCCACGGUUGGAAGCAUGGUGUUUAGUGAGGGUGAGGCCCAGCGGCUCAUUGAGAUCCUGUCUGAGAAGGCUGGUAUCAUUCAGGACACCUGGCAUAAGGCCACUCAGAAGGGUGACCCUGUGGCAAUUCUGAAACGCCAGCUGGAAGAAAAGGAAAAGCUACUGGCCACAGAGCAAGAAGAUGCAGCUGUUGCCAAGAGCAAACUGAGGGAGCUCAAUAAGGAAUUGGCAACAGAAAAGGCCAAGGCAGCAGCUGGGGAAGCCAAGGUGAAAAAGCAGCUGGUGGCCCGGGAGCAGGAGAUCACGGCUAUGCAGGCCCGAAUGCAGGCCAGCUACCGGGAGCAUGUGAAGGAGGUGCAACAGCUGCAGGGCAAGAUCCGGAGUCUUCAGGAGCAGCUGGAGAAUGGCCCCAACACACAGCUGGCCCGUCUACAGCAGGAGAACUCCAUCCUGAGGGACGCUUUGAACCAAGCUACGAGCCAGGUGGAGAGCAAGCAGAAUGCGGAGCUGGCCAAGCUCCGACAGGAACUCAGCAAGGUCAGCAAGGAGCUAGUGGAGAAGUCAGAGGCCACACGGCAGGAGGAGCAGCAGCGGAAGGCUCUGGAAGCCAAGGCAGCCGCCUUUGAGAAGCAGAUCCUGCAGCUGCAGGUGUCUCACAAGGAGAGUGAGGAGGCCUUGCAGAAACGCCUGGACGAGGUCAGCCGGGAGCUUUGCCGCUCACAAACCAGCCAUGCCAGCCUGAGGGCAGAUGCUGAAAAGGCCCAGGAGCAGCAGCAGCAGCUAGCUGAGCUGCACAGCAAAUUACAGUCCUGUGAGGCAGAGGUGAAGAGCAAGUGCGAGGAGCUGAGUGUUCUCCAUGGGCAGCUCAAGGAGUCCAGGACAGAAAACUCAAAGCUCACAGAGAGAAUCCAGUCCAUUGAGGCCCUGCUGGAGGCAGGCCAGGCCCGGGAUGCCCAGGACACACAGGCCAGCCGAGUGGAGGCCGACCAGCAGCAGGCCUGCCUCAAGGAGCUAGAGUCCCAGGUGUGGUGUCUGGAAAAGGAGGCGACUGAGCUCAAGGAGGCAGUCGAACAACAGAAAGUGAAGAACAACGAUCUCCGAGAGAAGAACUGGAAGGCGAUGGAGGCAAUGGCCUCGGCUGAGAGAGCCUUCGAGGAGAAGGUGCACUCCCUGACCCAGGCCAAGGAGGAAUCAGAGAAGCAGCUCAGCCUGACUGAGGCACAGACCAAGGAGGCCCUGCUGGCUCUGCUCCCUGCACUCUCUGACAUUGCCCACAAGAAUUAUGCUGAGUGGCUCCAGGAACUCAAAGAGAAAGGCUCAGAACUGCUAAAACAGCUGCCAGUAAACACGGAGCCCUCCUUGGACCUGGCCUCCAAGCUGAGGGAAGCCGAGGAGACCCAGGGCACCCUGCAGGCAGAGUGUGACCAGUACCGCACCAUCCUGGCAGAGACAGAGGGCAUGCUCAGAGACUUGCAGAAGAGUGUGGAGGAGGAGGAGCAGGUGUGGAAGGCCAAAGUCAGCGCCACGGAAGAGGAGCUCAAAAAGUCACGGGUCACAGUGAAACAUCUCGAAGAGAUUAUAGAGAAGCUAAAAGGAGAACUUGAAAGUUCAGAUCAGGUGAAAGAAUACACCUCACAUCUGGAAGCAGAGCUGGAGAAGCACAUGGCUGCCGCCAGUGCUGAGUGCCAGAGCUACGCCAAGGAGGUAGCAGGGUUGAAGCAACUUUUAUUAGAAUCUCAAUCUCAGCUGGAUGCAGCCAAAAGUGAAGCCCAAAAACAGAGCAAUGAGCUCGCCCUGGUCAGGCAACAGUUGAGUGAGAUGAAGAGCCACGUAGAGGAUGGUGAUGUAGCUGGGUCUCCAGCUGCUCCCCCAGAUGGCCCCCCAACAGAGCAGGACCCUGUCGAGGUUAGGGCGCUGAAAACACAGUUGGAGCGGACAGAAGCCAUCCUGGAGGAUGAGCAAACACAGCGGCAAAAGCUCAUGGCUGAGUUUGAGGAGGCUCAGAACACAGCGUGUCGGCUACAGGAAGAGCUGGAGAAGCUUCAUACCAGCCCCCUUGAGUCUGCAGAAGCAGAGGUGGCCACGCAGCUGAAGGAGAGACUAGAAAAAGAAAAGAAGUUAACGAGUGACUUGGGACGUGCUGCCACCAAAUUACAGGAGCUUUUGAAGACGACCCAGGAGCAGCUGGCAAAAGAGAAAGACACAGUAAAGAAGUUGCAAGAGCAGCUACACAAAACAGAGGACGGUAGCGGCGCAAAGGAGGGCACCUCUGUCUGAGUCGCCUCUGGAAAAAGAAGUUACUAUUCAAUUUACCAAAAUGCCUUAUACAUUCCUUAUAAAUAAACAAACCAACACAGCGUUCGUUAUCCAGGCCCAACUCCAGUGGCUCUGAGAGAAGCCAUUAGAGACGAGAAUCUCUUAGAACCACACAAAUCUUCCAGACACCCCGUUUGUAAAAGAACCUCUGUCACAUUUCGAUAAACACUACUCCCCGGGACCAGCCCUGGACCACCACCGAGCAGACGCCAAAGCCCUUAUCAACUGUGUGUCAGACCCUGGGAUGUGUGUUGAGGAGGCCGGGACCCUCUAGCUCUCUAUAUGUCAAUCAGUGCAAUUGUUUUGUCUUUCAGUGGUGUGGGAGUUGGGAGGCGGGUGGACCAGGGUGAGUUUCAGGCUGUGGCACAGACUGGAGGGGCCCAGCCCAGCCCAGCCCAGCCCAGCCCAGCCCAGCAAGGCAUCAGCCCCUCACCCCUGGAAGAAGUCGCCAACUAGAACUGAUGUGUGACCUCCUGGAUGUUAAUGCCAUUAAAACCAACAUUGUCGCCCGGCA